CUUCACAUUUUCUUUUUGGGUUUCGAAAAGGGAAUAAUUGAAAAAAAGAAGAAGAAAAGCUCUCUGAUUCAUUCGGAGAUCUGAUUAGUUCUCUCUUCUGCUCCCGCCAUUUCCUUUGCGCUUUCACGGAUCGGAAGAGAAGUAGCGUGCCUUGCGAGAAUUUAUGGGAGCUUCGUGUUCGGGAAAGGGUGGAUUUCGAGUUGGAUUAUGGAUAUUGUGGUGUUUUGUGUAGGAUUUGAAACCGAUAUUUAUGGGAGCUUUGUAGAGAGAGCUAAACGAGGACUUGGUAGUCUGACCCAAUGAUGCAAGACCUUAGAGCCAAAAUCAGAAUUGCUGUUCUUAUAGUUGCGACAGUAUGGAUCAGCCUUGCUGCUAUAUAUGGAAUUCUAAAACCAAUUUCUAAUGGUUGUAUUAUGACGUACAUGUAUCCAACAUAUAUUCCAAUUUCUUCACCGGUGGGCUUAUCAUCAGAAAAAUAUGGGUUGCAUUUGUAUCACGAAGGAUGGAAAAAGAUUGAUUUCAAGGAGCAUCUUAAGAAACUUAAUGGUGUUCCAGUCCUUUUCAUUCCAGGAAAUGGAGGUAGCUACAAGCAGGUGCGAUCCUUGGCGGCAGAAUCCGAUAGGGCUUAUCAAGGAGGCCCUCUCGAGCAGAGUUUUUAUCAGGAGGCUAACAUAGAUAGGGUGGAGGGUGAGGCAGGCACUAGUUUGGCUGGCCUUCAGUUGCCAGACCACUACACGCGUAGGCUGGAUUGGUUUGUAGUGGAUCUUGAAGGUGAACAUUCUGCAAUGGAUGGAGGGAUACUUGAAGAACAUGCAGAAUAUGUAGUACACGCCAUCCACAGGAUAUUAGAUCAAUAUAAAGAAUCUUUUAAUGCCCGAGCAAAAGAAGGUGCUGCUGACUCUGGAAGUUUGCCUAGAAGUGUGAUAUUGGUUGGCCAUUCUAUUGGUGGGUUUGUUGCUAGAGCUGCAGUCGUGCAUCCUGGACUUAGAAAAUCAGCCGUUGAAACAGUUCUUACACUUUCUAGCCCUCACCAAUCUCCUCCUCUAGCCCUGCAGCCAUCUUUGGGUCGGUACUUCACUCGUGUAAAUGAGGAAUGGAGGAAGGGCUAUGAGGUUCAAAUUACUCGAAGUGGAUAUUUUGCAUCUGAUCCUCUACUUUCACAUGUUGUGGUAGUUUCAAUUUCUGGGGGUUAUCAUGAUUACCAGGUAAGGUCAAAAUUAGAAUCCUUGGAUGGGAUUGUUCCUCCUACACAUGGCUUUAUGAUCAGCAGUACAGGUGUUAAAAAUGUGUGGUUAUCAAUGGAACAUCUGGCAAUUUUGUGGUGUAAUCAAUUAGUUGUACAGGUGUCACACAGCCUUCUUAGUUUGGUGGACUCCACUACAGGCCAACCGUAUUUGGCCCCUCGAAAAAGACUCUCUAUAUUGACAAGAAUGCUGCAUAGUGGAAUACCACAGAGUUUCAAUUGGAGGACCCAAUCACACAAUUCUCAACAAUUUGCCCACUUUCCUGCUAAAAAAGUGGAAAAUGCGUCUGGAUCUGCAGUUCUAUCUCCGUAUGCUUGUCCCAAAAACAUUCAUUGGAAUGAUGAUGGGCUAGAGAGGGACCUAUAUAUUCAAACGAGUACUGUCUCUGUUCUAGCCAUGGAUGGUCGCAGGCGGUGGUUGGACUUGGAGAAACUGGGGUCAAACGGAAAAAGUCACUUUAUAUUUGUAACGAACCUGUUACCAUGUUCUGGGGUCAGGCUUCAUCUUUGGCCCGAAAAGGGGAAGUCUGCUGGCUUAUCUUUAAGUGAAAGGGUUUUUGAAGUGACCUCAAAGAUGGUGCAAAUUCCUUCAGGACCAGCACCGAGACAGAUUGAACCUGGAAGUCAGACUGAGCAAGCGCCUCCUUCUGCUGUACUUAUGUUGGGACCUGAGGACAUGCAUGGCUUCAAAUUUCUUACAAUUUCAGUUGCGCCUCGACCGACUGUUUCAGGCAGACCUCCACCUGCAAUUUCCAUGGCAGUUGGGCAAUUCUUUAAUCCUGAUGCAGGGAUGGUGGAAAUCUCACCUUGGUCAAUGCUUCUUUCCAAUUACUAUAAUGAUGACAUAUUUAUGAAGGAGAAUCAUUCUCUGGUGCUGAACUUAUCAUUCCCCAUUAGCUUAGGACUUCUUCCAGUUACCUUGCAACUUGAAACCACAGGCUGUGGGAUUAAGAAUUCUGGACUUCCAGAUGACGAAGUUGGUGGUAUUGAAAACAAUAGACUGUGUAGAUUGCGUUGUUUUCCACCAGUAGCACUUGCUUGGGAUGAUAUAUCUGGGCUUCACAUUUUCCCGAAUCUUCAGACUGAAACAAUUCUUGUUGAUUCCUCACCAGCACUCUGGAGUUCUAGUGCAGGAUCUGAGAAAACAACCGUUCUAUUGUUGGUAGAUCCUCACUGUUCAUAUAAACCAAGCGUUAUUGUCUCUCUCAGUGCAGCUGCUGGCAGAUUUUUGCUUUUAUAUAAUUCACAGAUAGUUGGUUUAUGUAUUGUUGUUACUUUUUUUGCAUUGAUGCGACAAGCGCAAGCAUGGAAUCAAGAUUUUCCUGUACCUUCAAUGCUGACAUCUAUAGAAUCCAACUUGAGAAUACCAUUCCCAUUAUUUUAUUUGGUCUUUGUACCCGUUUUACUAUCUUUGUUCCUUUCACUUGUAACUUCUCAACCACUACCUCCUCUGCCCAUCUUCACCACAGUCUCAGUGAUCUGUUAUUUGUUAGCAAAUGCUGCUGUCAUUACUGUGGUUUUGGUAUCCCAGCUGAUAUUCUAUGUGAUGGCGGUUGUGCAUGUUUUCAUCAAGACAAGGUGGCAAUUGUGGGAAAGAAAUGUCGGCUUUUUAGCGGUUGUAAGGGUAUUGGUCGAUCCGUUACUGGCUACUGCUCUUUCUGCUAUUACCUUGGCAUGUUUUAUUCAUCCAGCAAUGGGAUUGUUUUUGCUACUCGCUUUCCAUGCUUUCUGUUGCCACAAUGCGCUAUCCAGCCAUGUGCGAAGCCAAAAAUUACAAGGUGGAAAUGAUUCUCAACAAUUUAAACUUCCAUUGCCCGACAAAUCGAACUUGAAGGAGUUGAUUGAAGACCUUUCCACCAGUCCUUGCUCUUCAAAAAGUUUUGGGGAAACACAAUUGGAGAUAUUUCAUCAUUGUCAUGGCUUAUUGAUCUUGCAUCUUCUCGCAGCAAUUAUGUUUGCACCUUCACUGCUCGCUUGGUUACAGAGAAUAGGGACAAAUCAUAGCUUUCCAUGGUUGCUGGAUUCUUUUCUUUGCACUGGAGUUAUCCUCCACGGUGUCUGUAAUUCAAAACCCGAGUUCAAUUCCUAUUUAUUCUCUCUCUUUGGUCAGUCACGGAUCGAAAUCAGACUAGACAUCAUCUAUCUAGUUGCUGGAUAUUAUACCUAUAUGUGUAGCCUGGCUUUGGCUCCAUAUAAAGCCUUUUACGCCAUGGCCACGAUCGGAGCCAUUUCGUUUACCUCGAGAGUUUUACAAAGUAGAACCAGGGAGAAGGGAGAGCCCCAUUUCGGCGGUCGAAAGCACUCUCACCGACAUUGAGAACAACGAAAACAUCAGGUAAGUUUAAGAACUAGCCUUAGACCAGUUGCAUCAUUUUGUUUGUUCUCAAAAAAGGGACAGAUUUAUCAUGGUAGUAGCAGCCACAAAAGUUGCCAUUAGAUGGACCUGUAAUUGCAAAAUAGGUUCAGAAUUAGUUCUUAGAGUCUUACUAGGCUGAGCCGUUUGUACCACAUGGCCAUGCCAGUUUUCACUUUUUAUUAUACAUUUAGUUGUAUUUGUUCUGACAUCAUUUUAGAGUGAGUUUACUUUUGUUGCGGCUCAACAGGUAGCUAAUUGGUCUCUGUACUAUAGGACACUACAAAGCUGAUUAUGGAUCAAGAGGUGAGCGAUUUCUUGUGUUUCGAAUACUCGAACAUUAGCUUUGUUUCGAUUAUAAACGUGGGUUGAUUUGUAGUUUUGCCAUGUUUGUAUGUGCAUAACAAGUGAAGUUAACAAUCCUUUUCUUUCCCACACAGCGAAGACAUGUUCUCUUGUUUUAUUUUCUAUUUUUCGAAUGAUACAAUGAAAUUUGGAUUCAGACCUCUAA